UAUUAUGAGCCAGAAAAGAUUGAAGGGUCAAGAAAACCAACCAAGAAAGGUGAUGGAGAAAGAAGACAUCUGCACCUGAUUGCAAAGAAAACUGAUAGGUUUUGGAAGUUCAAUGAACAAGCUGAUAGAUGGGUUGAAGUUGUGUUUCCUUAUGAUGAUCAUCUGGUAUCUGAAUUCAGCAACAAAGAAGGAGGAUUGAAUGAAGAACAGCAUGAAUUGUUUGAUGCUAAGCCCUUGGAUGUGGUUUUGCCACUGAGGAAGAGAAUUUCAUUGACCAGAAUGUCAGAUACAUCUAUUUGGGUCACUGGGGAAAGUGGUUCUAUAUAUGAGAGGUUUUGGAAUGGACUUGAAUGGGUUAUUGCCCCUCAUGACUUGCCAAUAGCAUCCGGCCGCGCAACCGCGGUAUUCAUCAUCAAUCACAUAAUUCUUGCUGCUUCUGAAGCAGGAAAUCUCUAUCAGAUGCAUGUGCAAUUUGGUGAAACCUCACAAACAGUUUGGUUGGAUGUCACACCUACACUCAAUCAAAUCACAAAUAAUGAUUCAAAGAAAAAUCCUUUGGUGUUAAUAAAGUCUGGAAUUGUGUCACAUGAUAGGCAGAGAAUUUAUUUCUGCACAAGGAAUGGAACACUGUUAGAACUUCUUGGGGUUGAGCCUCUAAGAUGGACAAAUCAUGGCCAACCAGCUGGAGCAAAUGUAGCAGCAAUAGCUGAAGUUGCUUCUGUAAGAGAAGUAGUGUAUACCAUAAGUUCUGCUGGAGAUCUUUAUGAAUAUGAUGAAAAAUCAAAACCAUCAUGGAAGAAGCACAUAUGGAAAGAAAGGACAGCACAAUUCGUGCCUUUAGUACCAUCUAAAGGGUGCACUCUAAGUGGACUGAGUGGUGAUUAUUCUGAAUCUCUGUUUCUUCUAAACAAGGAGGGUGAUUUGGUAGAGAGGAGACUGCAUCAGAGGAAGUGGAAAUGGAUGGUCCAUGGAAGUCCACCACAUCAAAAUUUGACAUCCAUUACGCCGGCUCUACAUGACGAAUCAAGUGAAACUUUCUUUUCCUUGUUCUUCACUGGUGCAGCUGGAUCAGUCUUUGAAUAUCAAAUGCCAAAACAAUUAGGUACAACUAAUCGAUUUCCAGGAACUUGGGAAAAUCAUCAGCACCCUUUACAUGCUAAAGUAGCAAGAGGUAUAAUUGGCUUGCCAUUACAAGCUGGCAGGAUACUGUUUCCACUAGAUGAUGGUAGACUUGCAGAAUUACAUCUAUUAGGACUAGGCGGCGAAAGUUCAGGACCGGCUUUACCACAAAACUUUAGAAGGAAAGCAUCAACUAAAUAUGUUUGGUCGAUAUUAGAUGUUCCAGAGAGCGAAGGAUGGAAUGCAGAAUAUUGCACAGAAGAACGCGGCCCCAGAAAUUGCCUUGCAGGACUAAAAGAUGAGUCAAUGGAUUCUGGAACAAGUUCAGUAACAGGUAGGAGAAAGCAAAGCCAGACACAGAAUUACUACUUAUCGCUCGGCACUUCAUUAGGCGAAGCGACUAAAUCUACAGAAGAUUAUAAUCUCCCUGAUGGCUGGACUAGUAGUAACUUCCGGCUUCGAUUGAUGUAUGAAGGAAAGUCAUUUUUCUUCAUAACAAAUGAUGGAUUAGUGUUUGAACACAUUUGUAUUGAGAAUGUUUGGGUGUGGCUGAAGCAUGAGAGUUCUACAGCUAUAGAAGGUAUAGUGGGAAACUAUAAUGGAAGCUUGUUCAUGGUUGAUACAUUUGGGAGUGUGCUUCUUAGAGAAUGGCAUGAAAAUGAGAUAGCAUUUCCAGCUAAAUCAAGGAAGGUUACAACAGAAGAUGCACUCUUCUUUGUGAGUAAAAAUGGAAGAUUACUGCAGUUCAUGGUUUUCAUGAGGAAGUUUAAAUGGAAAGAUUGCAAACAUCCUCCAAAUGCUAAAGUUGCAUGCAUUGUAGACCAGGAAUUGUUCAGGGAAAACAUAGUAUUUGUCACAGGAAGAAACGGUCGCCUAUAUCAGUAUAACAAAGUGACUGAUUUGUGGCAUGAGCAUUACCAAUCUCAGCAUUUGAUUCUAUCACAGUUUCCUGGAACAGUUAUUAGACCAUCACAGAAAUCGCUCUCAGGCUCACUUUUCAUGCUUUCAGUAGAAGGUGGCCUUGUUGAGUACCAAUGGAAUGCAGGGAGUGGAUGGAACUGGAUAGAACAUGGAACACCCGAUAAAGGCGCAAAACUAAUUGGUUCAACUGGUCCUAGCUUUGAGGGUACUCAACUACUUUUGAUUGGUUCAGAUGGAAAAGUGUACCUGAGAUACAUGGACAAAAAUGGUGCAUGGAAGUGGAAGGACUUUGGUUUCCCUUCAAUGGGAAGUGAAAUGGUUGAGGCGAAUCGACCAAGACAAAGUGGACUCAAUGAUGGAAAGGUAGUUUGCAAUGAUGAAUAUUCUAUGCAUGGCUUGAAGAAAGAUCAGAACAACCUUUCUGAUCAAAUGUCUAAAUGUGAUCCUAAGGUUUCAUCUACAAGACCAAUUCCAUUUUCUGAAGGUUCUGUUAUAUUUGAGCUCAGAGAUGGCAGGAUAAAAGAAAACGAAGGGAGUUCAUUUAAUAUAUGGCUGACGAGUGACGACACGACUAAUGGCAGUUGGCAGAACUACAGCUUGUGGAGGAGACAGAAUGGGUUUGGUCAAGGACCAUUGGAACUCCAGCCAGUUCAUGCUUAGAAAAUUAUUGGAUCACUGUAGCAUCCUCAUAAUAUUGAAAGAAAAAGGUGAAAGUUAUGCUAACAAAUAUGAAAGAAAUAGUGAGUAGUGACAACUAUUAUGCUAACAAAAAUGGUGAAAGAAAAGGUACUAGUUAGCAACACUUGAAGAUGAAGUAGCUAUUUCCUUUAAGAGGCUGAAUAGGUAGUGUUAGUAUUUGAGGUACAAUACAAAGCCCUGUGGAGAUGAGCUAUGAUAGCUUACUUGUAAGUUGUAACAUAGAUGUAAAAGGAAAAUAAUAAUAUAUAUUUGUACAGCCAAAAUAGUACAUUGAAUAAGAGCAUGCACAAAACAAUCCUUUCAUUGUAUAUAAUCUAUUAAUGCUACAAAGAAAUU